CUAUCUAGAACCAGACCUUUGUCAGGGACAGGGCAGGGGAAGUGGGGAGGGGAAUGGGCUACCCGAGGGAGUCGUGUCUUUAAGGAAGGCCCCAUCGGACGGAGCCAGUGGGAGAACAGAGUCCAUGGGGAAAGAGAGACUCGCUUUCCCGUGUGACACAGCUAUCAAGUGGCAGAACCAGGACCGGACCUCGUCUUGCUUACUAAGGCCUUCUAUCCACCAUCCUCACUGAAAUGAGUGUGAAUAAUGAUAUAAACAUACCCAUCAAUAUGAUGAACUCCCCAACCUUCCAAGUUGUCCCCCUUCUGCAUCAACCACCUUGCGCUGUUUUGGGAAUCAGAAAUGAGGAAUCAGACAGUGGAGUCCAGUGUCCCUGGUUCUGCACAGCACAGUUCAGCACAAGGAAGAAAGGUCCUGUGUCCUACACUAUGCCUGAAUAUCUGACUGGACACUCAUCUGAGCCUGGAACUUGUGUCCGCUUAAAGCACAGAAUGGCGUUUAAUGAUUGCUUUAGUUUGAACUAUCCUGGCAACCCUCAGCCAGGUGACUUGAUUGAAGUGUUUCGUCCUGGCUAUCAACACUGGGCACUGUACUUGGGUGACGGAUAUGUUAUCAACAUAGCACCUCUAGACGAUGGCAUUUCUUCAUCAUUUACAAGCGCCAAGUCUGUAUUCAGCAGAAAGGCCCUGGUGAAGAUGCAGCUUUUGAAGGAUGUUGUGGGAAAUGACACAUACAGAAUAAACAAUAAAUACGAUGAAACAUACCCACCACUCCCUGUGGAAGAAGUCAUGCAAUGGUCAGAGUUUGUUGCUGGACAGGAGGUGGAGUAUGACUUAUUUGUCAACAACUGUGAGCAUUUUGUGACUUUGCUCCGCUAUGGAGAAGGAGUUUCAGAGCAGGCCAACCGAGCAAUAAGUACCAUUGGGUUUGUGACAGCUGCUGCUGGUGCCUUCUCUUUCCUUGGCUUGUUUCCAAAAAGACUAAGACCAAAAUACUAUUAAUUUACUGAAGAGAUAUUGGAGCUGAAGGAAUUUGUGAGGAGGAAUAAAAAACCUGGGAUGAAUACUUAUUUGCAAUGUAUCAUUAUUGUUCCAAAUUCCAAUGAUGGAUGGCAGGCUCUUUAAUAAAUUGCUUACUGGUAUUAUCUCA